AUGAAUUUGUUAAAAUGUGAACUUGUUUUUGGUUUUUUUAUUGUUAUUGUGCUCAAAGAUGCUACGGCGAUUAAGCACAUCGAGGCGAACCCUGACGCAAAAAGGCUCUACGAUGAUUUGCUCAGCAACUACAACAGGCUCAUCAGACCCGUCAUAAAUCACACAGAAACGCUCACUGUCUGGCUUAGCCUCAAAUUAUCGCAGCUCAUAGAAAUGAACUUGAAAAAUCAAAUUAUGACCACCAAUUUGUGGGUUGUUCAAAAAUGGUACGAUUACAAAUUAAGAUGGGACCCAGAGGAAUAUGGAGGGGUGGAAAUGCUUUAUGUACCUUCCGAACAUAUUUGGUUGCCCGAUAUCGUUUUAUUCAACAACGCUGACGGUAACUACGAAGUGACCCUAAUGACAAAAGCCACCCUGUCCUAUACAGGCGAAGUGGUUUGGAAGCCGCCUUCGAUCUAUAAAUCUUCCUGCGAAAUCAACGUGCAGUAUUUUCCCUUUGAUGAACAGAGUUGUCUGAUGAAGUUCGGCUCUUGGACUUAUAAUGGACUACAGGUGGAUCUAAAACACACGGAUCAACAGCCAGGCAGUAACAUCGUGAAGGUGGGAAUUGAUUUGUCUGAGUUCUACUUGUCUGUCGAAUGGGAUAUAUUGGCAGUACCGGCUACUAGAAACGAAGAGUACUAUCCAUGUUGUACGGAACCAUAUUCUGAUAUAACUUUCAAAAUCACGAUGCGUCGUAAAACCCUUUUUUACACGGUCAACUUAAUCAUUCCUUGUGUUGGUAUCACCUUCCUGACAGUUUUGGUGUUUUAUCUACCAUCCGAUUCGGGAGAAAAAGUCACUUUGUGUGUAUCUAUUCUAAUUUCUCUCACUGUGUUCUUCUUGCUGCUGGCUGAAAUUAUUCCUCCAACGUCCCUAGCUGUACCGUUAUUGGGGAAAUAUUUGCUGUUUACUAUGAUACUGGUCACCUCUUCCAUAUGGGUAACGGUGUGUGUAUUAAACGUUCAUUUCAGAUCACCCUCUACACAUAAGAUGUCGCCAUCAUUUAGGAAAAUAUUUCUUCAAUUUAUGCCAAAAUUGUUAAUUAUGAGAAGAACUACCUAUGCACUACCAGAAUAUGAUGAUUCCACUCCGCCUAGAGGAUAUAUGAACGACUUAGACAUGCAAUUAAAUAUGGCAGAGCCCUUUACGACGGACUUUAAAAUAACGACCAGGGAUCCAAGUUUUGUGCUUCAAAACGCUGAUCACGACGAUGGGAAAAUGAAAGCCCAUUCCUCUAUGACAGAGUCUUCAAAUAUGACGCCCAAAAUAUUGUCUGCAAAUGUUCUAGCUGCUUUGCAUGGUGUUCGGUUCAUUGCUCAACAUAUUAGAGAUGCAGACAAGGAUAAUGAGAUCAUCGAAGAUUGGAAAUUCGUUUCGAUGGUCUUAGACAGAUUUUUCCUUUGGGUCUUCACGUUAGCUUGCAUCGGAGGAACAUGUUGCAUAAUUUUCCAAGCACCAUCUUUGUACGACACCAGAGUUCCUGUAGAUCAACAACUUAGCGAAAUACCUCUUACUAAAAUAUUUCAAUUACCACCGUCACACGUACCUAUGUUAAGAGGAAACUAA